GAGGGAUCAGGGCUUUGCGGCCGUGUGCCGCGGAGCCUGGAGCCCAAGGAGAGGGAAGGGAGGAGGCCGGAGCCUCUUCCACAAACGCAGGGUGCGGAGCCGCCGAGCCUUUGGGGGGUUCGGGCUGCGCAUGCGCACCUCUCUGCCUUCCUGCCCGGGCGCGCUCGGUCCCACUCUUCUGGUCAGGUCAUGGAGGCCUCGGGAGGCGCUGGGGGCUCCUUCCUGAAAGAUAUCGUGGCCUAUGUUGAAGUAUGGUCUUCCAACGGGACAGAGAAUUACUCAAAGACAUUUACAAAACAGCUUGAGAAUAUGGGGGCAAAGGUUUCAAAAACUUUCAACAAGCAAGUGACCCAUGUCAUUUUCAAAGAUGGAUAUCAAAGCACGUGGGACAAAGCCCAGAAGAUAGGGGCAAAGCUGGUUUCCGUCCUCUGGGUUGAAAAAUGCAGGAUGGUGGGAGCACGUGUCAAUGAAUCUUUGUUCCCUGCAGUGAAUACUAAUGAACAUUUACCAAGCCCAAUGAGAAAAAAACACAAAUGUAUGCAGCCUAAAGAUUUUAUUCCUAAAACACCAGAAAAUAGCAAAAGACUUCAAAAGAAGUUUGAGAAAAUGGCUGAAGAGCUACAAAGGCAGAAGACAACCCUUGAUGAUGGUGUUCCCGUCCUCCAGUUUGAGUCUCGCUCGUUGGUGUACAGCUCCUCAACUCCUGUCAGGAGUCACCAGAGCAUGAUGGAAAAGAGGCUACAAGAGAUGAAGGAGAAAAGGGAAAAUCUUUCCCCUACCUCUUCUCAGAUGUUUGAACAGGCUCAGCAGACUCCAAAUACCUCUCUGUGUGAAGCAUCUUUGAACGUUUCUCGUGAAUCUUUAAGUUCAGAUGAAUCCUUUGCCAGUUGUUCACACACAUCUUUUGAUGAUCUCUGUGGAAACCAGGAAAAGAAACAGAGAAAAUCUGCUAAUGAGUUGGCCAGGAAGGCAUGCUCUUCCUCACCUGUGUUGAAAACAAGCCGUUCUUACGACUCAGCUUUGCCUAACCACCUCAGUCAGCCUAGUCCUCAGAAAGCUACAGACCGUCCUCCAAAGGAGGGCACCAGCUGGCAGAAAGACGCUGCAGGUGAGCAAGUUGACCCGGAGAGAAAGCAAGCUGCAGGUGUGUCUCAGGGGGUGCCUGAUGAGAAGCUCUGUCUGUCCCCUGCACUGUUUGCCGUACAUGGACCCAAGAGUUCCUCAGCAAAGAGAAGAAGGCCAGCGGAUUUGGGGUCACCUCCAAAAGGAACACUCAAAAAGAGGUACAAUGGGAAGUCUGCCCUGACGCCUCAGCUGUUGAAGUCUGACAUUAGCCGGCAGUCCAUGACUGGCCCCUUUCUGGGGACCCCUGAUGUUGGGGCUUCCUCCUACGAGGACUACUUUUCCCCUGAUAAUCUCAAGGAGAGGAAUUCGGGGGCUCUUCCGCCAAAGGCUCUGUUCCACUCCAGAGGACUCUCAAAGUGGGAGCGAAGAAACAUACUGGAAAUGUGUGACUUUACCCACAUUGGUAAAACACCCAGACCCAUGAGCACAACUGACUUAGUUUCAGAAAGUACUUCUAGUCCUGAGAAGCCUGAUGAGAAGGAAGUGAGUACAGUUUCUAGAUGCAUUUUGGGGAGAACGUCUGCUACAGAAAGCCCAGAGUGUGACAGGCAGCCUGGCCUGCAGCUGAGGGAAGCCACAGGGCCACAGGGAAGUACCCAUGCUGACACCCAGAACAGCCCUGCUCAUUGCAUCACGCCCUUGAAAGAAGGCAGUAAGGAAGCAGGAAAACCAAUUGAUGUAAAAUGCUCGCCAAAAGACAGGACCACUCCUCCAACAUCAGCAUCUUCUGAAGGAGAAGCACACACCUUCAGUUUUGGAGAGGAUUGUAAAGUAGGAAAAUCUGUAGAAGAAAAGGAGAACAUAGCCACAGGAUAUAGUCAAAGUGUUGACAGUGAACCGUUGAGGCCUGAAACUUCAGCCAGCUCUGGUUCAGACCUUGUCAGACCUCACAAGAAACCAAAGAAAUGUGGGAAAGGACAAAAGCCAAUGAGAACAUUAGUCAUGACAAGCAUGCCAUCUGAGAAGCAAACACUCAUCAUCCAGGUGGUGAACACACUGAAAGGCUUCUCGUUUACACCUGAGGUCUGUGAGUCUACCACCCACGUGCUGGUGGGGAAGUCUGUCCGUACCCUGAACGUGCUGAUGGGGAUUGCCCGGGGAUGCUGGAUUCUCUCUUACGAAUGGGUGCUGUGGUCUUUAGAAUUGGGUCACUGGAUUUCUGAGGAGCCUUUUGAACUCUCUCAGUCCUUCCCUGCAGCUCCGGUCUGCAGACUUGAGCGCCAGCUGUCUACCCAGCGAUAUCAAGGAACCCUCUUCGCCAAUCAGCCAAAGAUGUUCAUUGCACCAGCCAGCAGCCCCCCAAGAGCCAAGCUGUGUGAACUGGUACUCCUGUGUGGUGGCCACGUCAGCCCAACCCCUCAGCUGGCCAGCCUCAUCAUUGGUCCCUACCGUGGCAAGAAGGAACCAAGGAUCCAGUACCUGUCGGAGAAAUGGGUCUUAGAUUCCAUCACCCAACACAAAGUCUGUGACUUUAACGACUACCAGUUGCUACAAUGAGAGACAUCUAUGGCAGCAGUUCUCAACACUCAAGAAAAACAACCCUGGAGAGAAGGAACCAGCAUACAGCUUAAGGCCUAAUGUCACACAUUACCUUGUGUGCUGCGGUUUUUAUCUUCAGUAUGGGGGGGCGGGUGUUGCUGAAGAUUAAAUCCAGGGCUUGCUAAGCAAGCAUUCUAUUAAGCUACCUCUCCAGCUUUGAUCUUCAAAACUCUUUUAUGUAACUCAUUCGUGACUCAUAUUGUAUUUCAGAGAAGCCUUUAUGGCCACCAGUUGGGUUCUUUACACAAUACUAAUAAUGACCAUGAUGAAGAGGUCACAGAACCUUUGUCUUCAAGAUACUUUACUCCCAAUAAUAGAAUGGAAAUUGAUUUAAAUUCUUUAGUCCUAAAUGAUCAAAUGACCCCCUAACUUUCUUGUCUUGGACUCAGAGGUCUUUAUUUGUGUGCUGUGUCUAGAUAGCAAGGACAACCAGGAAUCACUAAGAUUAUACUUAAGCUUCUGGAUGCUUCUCAGAGCAGCUGAGAAUGAUGGGCCUGAAAGUUUUGUGCCACAACUGUGUCGACCUUCGGAAUAGUUACCCCAAGUUUGCCUACGGAAAGUCAGCUGCUGGGACUGAAUUAUGUCGGGGGUGUCCAGCCCAUGGCCCAGGUGUCAUGUUUGUCCAAGGAUAACUAUGAAUGUGACUAAUACAGAAUUAUAAACUCACUUAAAAGUAUUAUAAGAUUGUGUGUGUGUGUGUGUGAGUGUGUUUGGGUGUGUGUGUGUGUGUGUGUUGAGGGGUAAUUCAAUUGCACAGUUCUUCUGAGUGAACUUCGUAGAUGACCACACUGCAUUGCAAUUUGAAGCUUGCAUACACUAUCCAGUUGAACCCUCUUCUUUGUGCUGCACAGGGUCUUGCUAUACAGCCCAGACUGGCUUGGAGCUUGCAGACCUCCUCUCCAUGUCCCAUAUUUUGGCUUAUUCUCAUGUGACACCACAUUCUCGUGCUGCUCAGGCACCUAACAGAGAUACUGAAUCUCAGUGAACUUGAAGGUGUGACUCGGCCCAUUGCGGUUUUCUGUGUUGGGAUUGGUUGCUCAUGUCAGCUGCUGUUUCCAACUCAGUAAGUCUCUACUUCCAAACUUUUGUCAUUUCAAUGAUAAGCAACUGAAUCAUACAAUAUGUGAUUUUGUGGCAUUGGCCUUUCUUUUCACCAUGUAAUUAAUGCUCUGAUGAUUCAUUCAUGUCAUGUGUGUCAGCAGACAAUUCCUCUUGUUGCCAAACAGUAUUCUGUGGCAUGGCUGUUAGCCGCUUUGUUAUCCAUCCCCUGAAUAAAGUCAAGGAAUGAAGCCCAGUGGGAACGGCCCUCUGAAAUCUACAGCAAUUUGUGGUGUCGUGUGUCUGGGUGAUCCAGCAGUUCAAGCGCCUUGGAAGGAGUAGAUCAAUGAGAACAAGAAAUACCCCAUUUAUCACUGUCUCCCUCUUCUAUACUCUGAAUAAUUCUGUUUUCCAUCACAAAUCCAUAGCUUGAAGUCACCACUCCCAAAUAGUGUUAGGAGGUUUUAGAGAAAUGACCAGGUCAUGGAACCCUAAAAAGAGACCUCAUGGCAAGCUCUUUGCUUCCCCCGCCACAUGAGGAUACACCAAGAAGGCAUUAGGAGUCCCAAAAAUGACUUGUUCAAGCCAUUCCCUAAGUUAUUCGUGUACCAUGAACUUUGGAGUCUCCCAGUUCUGUUGAUCAUUGGGAAAGUGCCAGCACCCAGUCUGUACCACACCCAGGCCCUGAGAGGGACAUAGCAUUGUCCUGAGAAGCAAAGGAAGACAAGGAUGGUCACUGCAAAGAGUUAGGGUGGAAGUCAAAGCAAGACAAAAGGAAAGCAUGUAUAAAUCUGUCAGUAGCCAGAUUUCACAGGUACCUCUACAUGGUGGUAUUCCCUUGUAGGCUACCAGCUUAAGGUCAGCAUCAAGAGCAAGUUGCUGUCCCCUCCCUGUUUGCAUGUGUAAAGCCAUUAAUCUGUUUGUAUGCAAAU